UUGUUUCGAAUUUGUUUUUUUUUCUGACGACAUCGUUGUUCAGGAAAAAUUUUGUAAAUUCAUAAAAAAUUUGUUCGUUCACUAAAACGAUACCCAUCUCUAAUUAUGGACUAUGAAUUAAGGCCAUGAUGGUCUACUAUAGAACAUCUUAUUACUUUACUGUAUAAUCUUUACUUUAUUUUUCGUCGAGGUGUGAUGAGGUGUCUGAGGUGUCAGUUCCAACAACUCCAUCACCUUUUCCAACUUCUUCAGUGAUUAAUUUUUCAGAAUUAGCUAGAGAUCAGCUGUCCUGCCCUGACAUACUCCGCCUAAAGGUUUCCCCAACCCUCCGCCUCGUUUCUGUUCCAGUACAAGAUGGUUCGCUGCUCUGCGACGCAAAGACGAAAGUUCUCCGUCCCUUGGUUCCAUCUUCUCAAAGGUUUAACAUUUUUUCCGCCUUACAUGGAAUAUCACAUCCUGGAGUUCGAGCAUCCAGACGUCUUAUUUCUACAAGGUUUGUCUGGAGGGGAUUAGCCAACGACGUCCGAGACUGGUGCAAGUCCUGCCUGCAGUGCCAACGAGGUAAAGUCCUCCGCCAUGUUCACAUCCGCCCCGAGAAGAUUCCUGUACCCUUCAGAAGAUUUGCACAUGUACAUGUAGACCUAGUUGGUCGCUUACCCUCAUCUAAUGGUUUCACAUACCUCUUCACCUGCAUCGACAGAUCAACAAGGUGGCCGGAGGCUAUACCUCUAACUGGGAUUUCUGCGGCGGAGUGUGCCUCCGCCAUGUUCCAUGGAUGGAUCUCAAGGUUCGGCGACCGGCAGUGAUUACUAGUUACAGAGGAGCCCAGUUCACUUCAUCCCUAUGGUCCGCCAUCUGCUCCCUACUCAAGAUCAAGCACAAGACCACCACAGCUUUCCACCCGCAGUCCAAUGGCAUGGUGGAAAGAUUCCACAGGCAGUUAAAAAAUUCCUUACGUGCUCGUCUAGCCUCCUCCGAUUGGUUUAAGCAUCUGCCUUGGGUUUUAUUAGGUCUACGUACAUCUCCCAGAGAAGACUCCGCCACAUCCGCCUCGGAUCCUCCGACCAAUUUGUUCUAUGAAAACCUUAAGAAUUCGAUGUCUGGUUUUCAACCUACUCCGCCUCGUCAUAACACUCCUGCAGCCGACACUCUUCCAGAAGUUACUCCUGCAGAACUCUCAGCUCGCCCAAUGGUUUUUAUACGUAAGGAUGGACAUGUUGCUCCUCUAGCCCCCCUCUACGAGGGUCCUUACAAGGUUUUAUCCCGCUCCCCUAAAACCUUCCAGCUCCAAGUGGGUAAGAGAGUAGAAGUGGUUUCAGUCCAACGCCUCAAACCAGCUUUCACGGCAGAUGAUGAGGCUCCAGUAGAACCUCCACGCCGAGGCAGACCCCGACGCCAACCUCCUCCGGUCCCUCCUGACCCCCCUAGACGAAAAGGACGACAUUUUUAAUCUAAUUUUAAUCUAAUUUUUAAGCUAACAUAAAUAACAAAUUCAACCAAUUUAGAUGUAACCCCCAAUUUCAGUUAUUUUAAAAUGUUGACUC